UACAUGUACGGCCGUAUCCGAAUAGUGAGUGGUUUCGUUUUAAUGUAAUAACAAAUAAUAAUAUUAUUAUUUAUUAUAAAUUGUGGGUGGCGUAGGUAUUAAUAUUGUUAUUAUUCGCAUCGUUUAUUCGAGUUCAGAAACAUUUCGUUUUAAUUUGCGUGAUAUGAUAGGGGCAUUUAUUUUGACUGACGAGUUUGUCGUUAAAACCGUGUUGCGUUCAUUUCAUUUUCGUAGUGUCGUUUAUCGUUUUACCGAAACACGUAAGUAGGACAUAAUGAAACAUGGACUAUCAUCGUCGUUCGUUCAAGAUUAGUGAACGGUAGUCCUAAUACUCGUUCCGUUUCGUUGUGUGGGCCAUACGGAUUAUAUAAAUAAAAAUAUCAUAUUUUACGCGAACGGAAACAUAUAUAAGUAGUAAUUAUGGUUAAGAACGAAGAAAUGCAUUACAUUGAUUCGGACGACCAAGAAGAAAGCAUAGGUGGAAAGAAGAUCUCGGACAACAAGAGUAAAAGUUCAAGCCAGUCGUCGACGCCGCCUCCAUCGUUCACGGAAUGCCAGCAACGGCCCGACGGAGAACACGAGGAAGGGUCAGAAAUGUUCGAAGAGCCUGUGGAGGAAAUAAAUGGAGAUCGUAUCGUCUGGGAGUUUCAUCAAGUCACCCUGAACCGUGUGCCCGGUUACGGGUUUGGAAUUGCAGUCAGCGGUGGCCGAGAUAAUCCUCAUUUUGCCAAUGGUGAUCCUUCAAUAGCCGUGUCCGAUGUAUUGAAGUCCGGUCCCGCCGAAGGAAAGCUGAUGGUUAACGACAGGAUAAUGACCGCCAAUGGUGUGUCACUAGACAAUGUCGAAUACGGUACGGCUGUUGCAGUGCUGAGGGAAUGUGGCGAGAACGUAACAUUAUCGCUGAGACGUCGUCUGGUUUUACCCUCAAACACACCACACACGCUGCGCAUUCAUUUGAAUAAAACCAGGAAAAAAGACGAUUUCGGAAUCGUUUUGGGCAGCAGGAUAUUCAUCAAAGAAGGGACAAAAGGUGGUGACAACAGCGUUCAGGAAGGUGACGUGUUGUUAAAGAUCAACAAUCAUUCGGUGGUGGACGGCAUGACGCUCAAAGAAGCUAGAAGACUGAUCGAAUCGGCCAAAGACAAACUGAGUUUAACCGUACGACGGGAAGGGAGUGCCAACGGACAUGUUUUACAAUAUUCCGGUUCGUCCGAACCAACAUCUCUGCAUACGAAAGAAAACAACAACUACAUGGACGGUAUUAACGGUUCAGCGUAUCCAUCACAAAACUUGUAUGUACAGCCACCUAGCAGGAGUAUGUUGGAAGAAGCCAAAAGUAAUUUGGCGCCACGUGGACGGUCCCGUAACCCGCUAUUAGAUUCAGUUUCUCUGAGUCAAUUGGACAGGCCCACAUCUGCUAUGGACAACAACACGUCUGCCAACAAUUUACAUAACGGUGAUCUGGGACCUACAUACAACCAUGGUCGUAGUAGAAGUGGUGCUGAAGAUCAUUCAGAACCUCCGCGGCCGCCACCACCGAGACCCGAAGAUUAUUACAGCACAACUAGACAGUUUUAUGAAGAUACAUUACCUCAAAAAUCAAAACAUUUAAAGCCUGAUCCUCGGUUUAUUACAUUCCAAAAAGAAGGGUCAGUUGGCAUUCGUUUGACUGGUGGCAACGAAGUCGGUAUAUUUGUCACUGCUGUACAACCAGGAAGUCCUGCAUUCACCCAAGGUCUGCAACCAGGUGAUAAGAUAUUAAAAGUAAACGAUAUGGAUAUGAAAGGUGUGACUCGUGAAGAAGCUGUGCUAUUUUUGUUGAGCCUCCAAGAUCAAAUACAUCUUAUCGUUCAACACAGGCGCGAUCAAUAUGAACAAAUUAUGAACAAUCAACGAGGCGAUUCAUUUCAUAUCAAGACUCAUUUUGACUAUGAACAACCGAACAAAGGUGAAAUGAGCUUCUGUAAAGGUGAUGUGUUCCAUGUAAUGGACACAUUGCAUAAUGGUGUAGUUGGUUCCUGGCAAGUAUUCCGUAUUGGAAGAAACAAUCAAGAAGUCCAAAAAGGUAUAAUACCAAAUAAGGCUAGAGCGGAAGAACUAGCUACAGCACAGUUUAAUGCUACUAAGAAAGAAAUGAAUGCUUCAGAAAGUAAAGGGGGUUUCUUUAGACGCCGAAAACAUAAUCACCGCAGAUCAAAAUCAUUGAGCAAGGAAAAUUGGGAUGAUGUGGUGUUUGGGGAUAGUAUAAGCAAGUUUCCAGCCUACGAAAAAGUGGUGUUGAGUCAUACUGGAUUUGUGCGACCAGUUGUUUUGUUUGGACCGAUAUCGGAUAUUGCUCGAGAAAAACUUACCAAAGACUUCCCUGACAAAUUCUUAUCUCCUCAACUUGAAAACAACACUACUGAUGGUAGCAAGAAAAUCAGUGGUAUAAUACGGUUAAGUGCUAUUCGUGAUAUCAUGGACCGGGGGAAACAUGCCUUGUUAGAUGUCACUCCAAAUGCUGUAGACCGUUUAAACUAUGCUCAAUUUUAUCCUAUAGUCAUAAUGUUGCGAGCUGAUAACAAACAAGUGAUCAAGGAACUACGUGUUGGAUUACCAAAAACUGCACACAAAAGCAGUAAAAAGUUAUUAGAACAAUGUCAAAAAUUAGAAAAAGUGUGGUCGCAUGUAUUUACUUCAUCACUUACUCUAAAUGGAGGAGAUGCUUGGUAUCGCAAACUUCGAGAACUAAUCGAUAAACACCAGAGUUCUCCGACUUGGGUCAGCGAGACUAAGCCUGAAGAAAAUCUGUCUGAUGAUUUGUUAUUCCCAAUGACCUCCUUACGUUUGUCAUAUGCAUCAUCUCCCGAAAGUGAUAUGGAGACUAGUAACACAACAUUAGCAUCCCCAACUUCUACUGCAGCAGCUAGUCCGUCUGCAAUUGGUUCAAGGCUAGUGAAAAGUUCAAGUGAUCCAAGCAUUACAACUCAGGAUGAUUCAGCCAUUCCUAACUAUAAUCCACCUCCGCCAUAUUCACCAUCAGUGUUUAAACAAGCAAGUUAUGAGCCUCCUCAAACAUUACGUAUGGCUGGUCCACCUACUCACACAACAUUAAUGGUAAACGGUAAUGGUCCUCCAGAUUUACCGCCUCGUGUUGAUAGAAAUACAAAACCAAUGCAUGGAAAUCGCACUAAUGGUCAAAGAUCAGCCACAGACAGAUUAUUUAGUCCAAAUGGUAUAGAAGAUAUACCCAAUUAUAUAAAUGCAACUCCCCAUCAUCAUAGGACUCACACAAGCACUAGUAAACAAUUGUAUGAUAUGCACAAUAGCUAUGACAGUGUAUCGUCAUAUGAUAGUUAUGGUGUACGCAUGAAUGGGGGCAGCAAUGGUAGUGCUAACCUUACAACAACUUUGUGUUCAAACUCGCAGGAUGAUCUUAAAUCAGGCAGUAAUAACACUUUAGGUAGACAUCAUGAUCCUUAUAGAUUUACUAGAUCAACUCAACAACCAGUUGACACAAAAAUAUCAGAUUAUCCAAAAUACAGACCUCCAGGUGGUACUUCUGGAGGUAUGAUUGAGUAUGCUACUAGUAAACCCCUGCCAUUGCCAAAAUCACCUCCACAACAACAAUCCUAUAAACCUGUACCACCUCCAAAACCUAAAAACUACCGACCACCAGUACAACAGCAACAGCAACAACAACAUCAACAGCAAUAUUAUCAACCACCUCCUGCUGGUUUCCAGCACUCAAAAUCAUUUAGCAUGGCAGAUAGUACAUAUUCAUCACAUAUGUCUAAUGGGAUGCCAUCAUCGCCUAGCAAGUAUUCAUCGGAAUCAACUGACGUGAAUACUGCUGAUUCAGGUCACGGUAGUAGCUUGGAUAGGGGUUAUGAUCGACGAGGUGGUAAUGGACAACAGCCUUCUCAACAGAUGGAUCGUAGCCAUAUAUACUACAAACACCAUAGAGAUCCAAAUACAUUAGAUUUAACACAACAUCGUGACCAACGAGGUAGCGCAUUUGAAUUAUACAAGAAACCAUCAGUAGCUGGUGAUCAUAGAAUGUCAAAUGGAGGCGACUACAGAAUGUCAAAUAGUGAUCAUAGAAUGUCCAAUGGCGGCGAUCACAGAAUGCCAAAUGGUGGUGGCCACUACAAUGUAGAUGCGCUUCGGUGACAACGACAGUAUCCGGUCAGGUUUUAAAGGUAGAUUGACCGGGUUCAAAUUAAAAGCAGAAACGCUUACCUAUAUUUUAUCUCAUCAAAAAUUUUAUCUUAUUAUAUAAAUAUUUUAUAUUUAUAAGAUGUUCAUAAAUUUGUUUUUCAAUUGAUGGACUGAUUGACAGUAAUUUAUUUUUAUUUUAUUUUAUUUUGUUAAGUCUUAUGUACAUUAUUUUUUAUUUAAUAAUAUUUUACUGAUAAGUAAAUUAAGUUGUUUGUUAUUAUUAUUACAAUUAUAAAUCAUAAUUUGUGUCGUCCAUUAAGAGUAAUUAAAUGAACAAAAAUUGAAGUAAUUUACAUAUUUUACACAUAAAAUGUGAAUUUAAUAUUAACAAAAGUCUGAAAAUUUAAGCAUGCACUGAAUGUACAAACAGUGCCAUUCGGUUGAACAAAUUAAAAAUUGUCUGCCAAUUUACGUGGCUAAGUUAAUAAUAUUCGACCAUAAGAUUAAAUUUAAAAAAUAUAUUUCUAUACAUUUAUUUUUUGUUAAAAGUUAUAAAAAUGUUCAAAUGUUUGUGCCUUAUUUGUAUUUCUUGCCUUUCUAAUGUAUAAAAUAGUUAGGUACAUAAAAUACUUAUACACUAUUUUAUUUCCCCAAAAAAUGGGAGAUUAAAAAUAUAUUUAAUAUUUUUGUGAUUUUAUACCAUUAUGGUUUUAUCUUAUAUUUUUUAUUCUUUAAGUUUUAAAU